AUGAGCGCCUACGGUCCAAUCAGUAAAAGAACGACCACAGCGACUCCACUGCGACCACGCACGUACAGAUUACCGGACCAAUCGGCUUCUUUAACAGUUUUUCCAAUUCAGGAUGUUUUGUCAUCUGAGUCUGAUGAUGUGAUUAUCAAAAACCCAGAUCGGUUCGAGCCGUUAUGGAAACAUUUGAGUGGCCUAUUCGAUUCUAUCGUCGCUGAAGGAAGAACUUAUCCUCAGGAGGAAAUGUUGGGACUCGACGGAUUCAAAAAAUAUUUCCUCUCCCACGACAUCUUCAUUGGGGUUCUUGACGCGUUUCCGGCCGCGAGAGAAACUCCAGAUGGUCAUCACGCAAAUCGGGAGGAAGGCGUAAGCAUCGACAAAAUCCAGCCACACUUUCUACUCGACUUGAUUUCAGACCGGCCGCUCCAAGAGACUAUCGCCGGGAUUUACUACAUCAAACCCAACUACCCAGGACGCUCAGCUCAUUGUUGCAAUGGGGGUUUUGUCGUGGAUCCACGCCACAGGGGACGUAAGAUUGGUAAAACAUUAGCCCGAUCAUUUUUGCAUUAUGCUCCCUUACUAGGCUACAGGGCUUCAGUUUUCAACCUUGUUUACAAGAAUAAUCUGGCAUCCGUAGCCAUUUGGGAUUCACUCGGAUUCCAACGAGUAGGAUUGAUUCCCCAAGCAGGCAGAUUGAAAACAAUUUCCAGUAAUCCUGAUGGACAAUCAGACGAGGGCGAAGAAUACGUGGAUGCAAUUGUAUAUUGGAAAGAACUUAUUUGA